GCGAGUCUCGUGAGUUUGGUCAGAAAUGAGCGACGAGAGUUGAUGCUCGAGACACGGAAGAAAAACACCUCUGACAUGAACUGAAUCAGAAAUCUGAGCAUUAAACGAUUGAAAGGAUAUAAUAACAUCACGGAAUGAAUUAUUAUCACUGACAGACGAUAUAAAGUCAUUUUGAGGAGCAUUAAAAUGUUCAGACUGAAGGACGAUCGUCUGUUUGAUUGACAGGCGUAUCGUCAGCCAUGUGGUGGUUUCAGGAGGGUUUGUGCGUCCUGCCCGUGGCGCUGGUCAUCUGGACCGCCAGCACCUUCAUCUUCGCUUACAUCACGGCCGUCAUCCUGAGACAUGUGGACCCGCUGGUGCCUUACAUCAGUGACACGGGAACGGUGGCGCCAGAGAGAUGCGUGUUUGGACUCAUGCUGAAUGUGUCGGCCUUCUUAGGUGUCGCUACUAUGUACGUGCGUUAUAAGCAGCUACAUGCACUCGUGGAUGCUGACGACACCCAUCUGACGCGCCUCAAUCGGGUAGGGUUCGUUCUGGGCUGCGGAAGCUCACUCGGGAUGUGCGUCGUCGCAAACUUCCAGAAAACCACUCUGUUCUCGAUGCACCUGGUGGGCGCCAUGCUGACGUUCGGCGUGGGCGCUCUCUACAUCCUGGUCCAGACGGUGCUGUCAUACCUCAUGCAGCCGCACAUCCACAGCAAAACCAUGUUCUGGACGCGUCUGAGCAUCUGCGUCUGGACCUUCACGAGCAUCGUCAGCAUGUUUGUGUCGUCUAUGAUCAUGUACAGCACUCUGUCAGGAACCGACGUCAACAAGAAGCUGCACUGGAUGCCCGGAGAACCUGGUUACACGCCGCACAUCGUCAGCACAAUAUCUGAAUGGUCUCUGGCUCUGUCCUUCAUCAGCUUCUUCUUCACCUACAUACGAGACUUUAAGAAGAUCAACCUGCGAGCAGAAGCGGAGCUUCAGAGCAACCACUUGUACAAUUCGCACCAUUACCGGCCCGUUCCUUCACGCGGGCCCUCGGAGACAUCUCCGCUGCUCGCUGGCAGCAUCUGAAGAGGAGAAGACGCUCCGGAUGAGGCAGAAAGACUGUGAGGCUCCAGCAGAGGGCAGCAACGCUCAGGGUUACAGGCUGAAACACUCAAUACUGCAUACUAACAUUUACACAACGUUUGUACGACAUUUACACAACCGUCUGAAAUGAUGCUCUAACAGUUGUGACUUUAAUCUAAUACAGAGCAUAUGUUACACGUAUGCUGUUUUCUAUUGUAAGGUGGUGGAAAAACUGUAGUCAUGUUUUAUGGUCUGUUCUUAUGUUCUAGAAACAUUCAUUUUUUAUAUUACUGUAAAAAAUUAUAACCUCUCUGAUUAUGUUACCAUUAAAGCUGUAUUAGUAGGUGAGUUUUAAAGAACGUUUAUAGCUCAUAUUUCAUCACAAAAAAAAAAAAUAAUCAAAUGAAAUAAAUUUUAAAAGCCAUAAAAUAUUUUUAAAUGAUUUAAAUAAAAUGUUUAUUGUAUCAUCACUGACAAUUCUGAUAAAUACACAAACAGCCACGAUAAUGAAAACAACACAAAAGUUGUGUAACAGUAUUUUCAGGUGAAAUAUGAGCUGACGUGUUCCUGUUUGGAAUCAGUUUCUGAACUUGCAAACAAACAUGUAACAGGUCACUUUAUAUUUUAUUACAUUAAAACAUUAUACAAAUAAACAGCAUUAAAUAUUCA